AUGUGUGAUAGUGAAAGCGGCAAAUGCGAUGAAGAAGGAAGCAAAGUUCAGCAUUGUAUCGACCAAAGCAAAAUUUAUAAUACAAUUGAAGAAGCUGUUAAAUCCACUUCAAGUGAUCAUCAGGAGAGAAAGAAUAACCCAUUAGAAUGUGCAAAGAGGAAUCGAUGCAGGUUUUCCAUCUCAGAUAUAUUGAGCGACAAGCAUUCAACAAGCCGAACUAACACGUAA